AUGGCCUACUUCACCUACGUUACCGCCGGUGUCCUCAAAAACGCCAAGAAGACUGACCCGGGUGCCAUUCCGCGCAAAGAGCUCCUCCACAACCUCGUCUUCCUAGCCAUCUUCAAUGCCUACGACGGCUUUAAGAUCUUCUUGCCGCACCUCGUCAAGUGGUUCGCCCGCGGAGGCAUGAAGCUGCACGCUAGGCUAGCCAACGAGGUCCGCGUUGUGGUCCCUGCGGGCACAGACGAGUUUGUCACCCUCUCCGGCAUGGAGAAGAUGUCGCUGGUGAAGUCGGUUGUCUGGGAGGUGCUGUGCAUGAACCCGCCUAUGGAGUUCCAGUACAGUUGUGCCCGCCAGGACCUGGUCAUGGAGAGCCAUGAUGCUAUGUACGAGGUCAAGAAGGGAGAGAUGUUGUUCUGGUACCCGCCGCUCGUGACACGCAAUGAAUGCAUGAUCAAGCGUGGCCACGAGUUUGUCUUUGACCGGUUUGCCGUCACCACCGAGGACGAGCGGCGGCGGCUUCUGGAGCACGUGGUCUGGUCUAACGGGCCAGAGACUGGCGCAGCCGCAGAGGGGAACAAGCAGUGCUCGACAAAGGACAUGGUGGUGGCAAUGGGGCGACUGAUGAUGCCUCUCCAUAGCACGAUGAUGUCGAUGACCACGGGUUGCUCUGUAUGCUCGUGA